CGAAAACAAGAAUUUCCGGCUUCGACACGAUAAACCUGUUAUUUGCAGUUGCCAGCUGGCCAGCUGUGCCAGGUGCUACAACUCAUCCUCUUUCUCUCUUUCGUUCGGCAUAACUCUGCUCCCUACAACGCCAUGUCAUGCAGCUAGGGGCGUCGACCCUCAACGGCUACUUAAUCAACCCAAGUCAAACGCCUAAUGCUGCCCUUGUCCGACUUGUUAACCGCCUGUGGCGCCGUUGGCUGAAAGCGCAUGCUUCCGUCGGCAACGCUCUCUCCAACAACCGAGCGACUGAUGAAUCGAACAGACAUGUUUGGAGGAUUCUGAUUUUUCCAUGAAUUUUCCCGCGAAUAGUAUUUUCUCUUUUCGACAGACCCGCUGCCAUGCAGACUGUUGGCGUGCUAUAUCCGAUCAAUGCUACCAAGCUGCCAAGGUUGGGAUGGUUCUCCAAAUCUUGCAGCGUGACGCUGUCGAACUGUUGGAGGCACGCCUACACUUUGCACAGGGACCAUAAUACCAAUAGACUCGGCUCUGUCUGUCAUCAUGUCAAACGAAAGCGAGCAAAGUAGCUUAAAAUGAAGCUAAUCACGAGGCAUUCGCCGUGAGUCUCGUACCACCAUUACAACGAACGUCUGGCUAAAUCGCCCCUCGCGGCGCCAACGCCUUGGAGCCAUCACCCAGUGUGAGGCAAUGCGCUGCUCUCAUUCGUGGACCCAGUUCUUCCGCAUCUCCAGCGGUUUCAAACUUCCCCGGAUUCGCCUAUUACAAAGAAUCGGGCGUGAACGGUGGCCUUGAUUUGAUCCACAGCAAUCCUCACGUACUUGUGCGGGUUUCUACGACUCUUUUAUCUAGGAAGAAGGUCUGUGGUGAUGAGAAGUUGACUGCAGCAGAGGUGGAGGUGAGCCGUCACUGUUUGCCUCCUCUAACAGUGUUUGCACCCGCGGAAUAUCGCUACUAAAAUCAGCCAGCACACUCGGCCUAAAAGUCAGCACUAUUCUGGGGAAAAACAGCCACUGGCAAACGCCACAAAUGCACCUAUAGCGCGGGUUGGGCAAAUGCUGGAGCCGCACAGUGCUAGUGCUGCAGCGAAAUUGGGGUAACGUGGGGUGAUGAUGGGGGCUUGCCAAUGUGAGGAGAUGGGGCACACCACUACGUUGACUCCGCUAGUGAACAUCCUGGUUGCCAGCACCCGCCCUUUGUUCCGGCUAUUUGAUGUGACACCCUCGCUCUCCCCCGGAGCCUUUUGCAAGUCGUUCAUUUCGUCUCUGGAGGUGAGAUAUUGGUUCUUUGCUCUGUCGACCAUAUAUCAAUCCGUAUCUUUCCAUACCAAGAGAGUGUCCCACUGCCCUCUCACAAGUCACUCACUCAAACCCGUUAUCCGAACCGACACAAACCAUCGUGGACGCACGCUUCGCCCAACAGCUAGCGACUCACCAUGGCGAUUCUACCCAAGGUGCUUCACGCAAUCGUGCGCAAUGACUCAAUGCGCUCAGAUCCCGAGGAGAUCUAUGGCUUGCGCGUCUUCAUGCUCGUCUUUGCUGCUUGCUUCGGCGGCAUGCUCUUCGGCUGGGACACUGGCGCGAUCGGUGGCGUUCUAUCGAUGCCAGAAACUCUGGCGCGCUUUGGAUACGGCCCCAAAGAGGAUACAACAGACCUGACACAGAACAUUGUCUCGACUUUACAAGCGGGCUGCUUUGUUGCCUGCUUCAUCACGGGCUGGGCUGCAGACAAGUAUGGCCGCCGACCGUGUCUCAUCGUCGCCGGUGUCUUCACUGUCGUUGGUGUCGUUUUCCAAGCCGCAUCUGCUGCUAAAGGCACUCUGGCUGUCAUGUACAUUGGCCGCUUUGUUGCUGGUCUUGCUUGCGGCGCAGCAUCUACUCUCACCCCCCUCUACGUUUCCGAAUGCGCGCCACGCGCCAUCCGAGGCGGCUUGACUGCCUUCUACCAGCUCUUCAUUGUAUUUGGUAUCAUGAUCUCAUUCUGGAUCAAUUACGGAUGCACGUUGCACUUCUCAGCGCCGGCUGUUUACGUUGUACCCCUCGCUCUCCAAGCCACACCUGCGCUCCUGCUCAUUAUUGGCAUGCUCUUCGCUUCAGAAAGCCCUCGUUGGCUUGCAAAGGUUGACAACUGGGAGGAAGCAACACGCGUCCUGUCUAAGCUGCGAAACCUUCCAGCCGAGUCAGAGUAUGUCCAGAAUGAAGUCAAGGACAUGUCUGAGCAACUCGCCAUUGAGCGUCGCCUGAUGGGCGACGCCACAGCCAAGACGCUGUUCAAGGAGAUGCUUCUGGUUCCUGGUAACCGCAACCGCGCCAUCAUUACUGUUGUUCUCAUGAUCUGCCAGCAGAUGACUGGCGUUAACGCCAUCAACUACUACGCUCCCCAGAUCUUCCGCAACCUGGGUUUGGGCGCGAGUGACUCCUCUCUGUUUGCUACCGGCAUCUACGGAGUCGUCAAAUUUGUUGCUUGCUUUAUAUUCCUAGUUUUUGUUGCAGACUCUCUCGGACGCCGCGGUAGUCUGUUGAUAACGGCCGCUGUCCAAGGCGUCGUGCUCUUCGUCGUUGGAAUCUACGGCCGAGUCCAGCCUCCAGUUAAUGGAGAGCCAGUUUCUCCUUUUGGCUACGUCGCCAUCGUAUGCAUUUAUCUUUGGGCAGGCGCAUUUCAAUUUGGCUGGGGUCCUGCUUGCUGGAUCAUCGUCAGUGAGAUUCCAACCGCACGCCUACGUGCGACCAAUGUCGCCUUGGGUGCUGCCACACAAUGGCUGUUCAACUUUGUCAGCGCGCGAACCGUUUUGACAAUGCAAAAGACCAUGGGUCGCGCAGGCUACGGUAUGUUCUUCAUGUUUGGUAGCUUCUGCUUCCUCAUGGGAAUCUUUGUCUUCUUCUUUGUGCCCGAAACAAAGGGUCUCAGUCUGGAGAAAAUGGAUGAGCUCUUUGGCGUGACAGACACGCUGGAGAACAAGUUGGCCGUCGAUACAGAGGCCGCCACUCCUCAAACAUCGAGGGAUCACCAUAAUGCAAGGGUCAAGGAAUGAAUGAUGAUGACGUAUUGAUCCUUUUUUUGACCAGUUGAUUUUAUUUCACCGUCGUUCUGCUCUGAUUUUAAUUUGAGACAGCGCGGCUUCUUCCUUUGCAGAGCGAACAUCUCUGAGCAUUAUAUCCAUUCGUAUCUUCGCAUGUUUCUUAUUCUUCUCGUAUUUUAAGUUUAAUUGACACCAGUCUGGAAUUGAUAAUCGGCCGUAAAGUUGCAGUUCGAGUGUGAAUCGAAGGCUGAAAUGAACGCCGGCUGUUUAUUUCAAAGCCUAGACUGUCGUUUGCGACUUUUGGGAACCGACAUUGCUAAAUCAUGAAUCUGUUGCAUAAUGUUAAUGGGAUAGUUCCGCAAGAGCUAUUAGGUUUGCUGAUUAGUUGUCAACUUCGGGGUAGGCAGUCGAGUUAGACGUCCAUUCAAGAUCAAUUGUGGCUCGCAGAGCGACGCUACGAAUCCGAAAGUGGGCAAUGUCGGUGCCGAUCUACGGUAGUGGUAAAUGAUGCUGCGCUAAUUCAUACCACAUUGGUCUUUUCAGUUCCCAAGAAGCACAAUCCACUGCUUAGUCUAGCUCCACCUCACCGAAAACUGCGACACUCUAGUACAGGGAGCUAAAGACCUCUUUGUCUCUAUUUCGGCUUCGGACAGUUAGCGACGCGCCCAGAGACUUAUGAGCUUCGAGUUACGGGCGGUGGCUGGCGCCAGUGGCCGUGAUGCCAGUUCUACCGGCUCACCCUCGUAUUGUCUCAUGGAAGCCGAC